AUGGCUCUUCUCGGUGCUCAGUUGGUUAUAACACUGAUUAUGGUAUCAGUAAUACAGAAAGUGGGUAAUUACUCAUUUGCAAGAUGGUUAUUAUGUUCUCAGGGUUUAUAUAGAUACUUGUACCCUACUAACAGCGAGUUGAAGGCUUUGGGAGGAGUGCCGAAGGAUACAUCAAAAAGUAAAAAAGGAGGAAAACAUGAGUCGAAUGGCAAGCCGGAAACCUUCCACAUUCCUCGCAGUUUGGAUAUACAACUGGAGACAGCACCCGUAACGCAAUUAGAUGUUGUACAUUUAAGAUUUUACACCGAGUAUGUGUGGAUUGUGGACUUUUCACUAUACACUUUGAUUGUGUAUAUUAUGUCUGAGGUGUACACAUCUGUAUUUCCACUUAAGGAUGAGUUCAACUUAAGUAUGGUGUGGUGCCUGCUUGUGGUAUUAUUCACAUUUAAAAUUCUAUUAAGUUUGACUAAACAGUAUUUCACAAGUGAAGAAUCUAUUGGUGAGAGAUCAACAUGCAUUGUUGCUUUCUGUGUGUUCCUGUUAAUAGCCAUGAUGGUCUUAAUUGUGGAUGAGUCCAAUUUAGAAGUGGGGGUAGACCCUGCUUAUGACAGUUUUUAUGAAAAUGCAUCAAAGUUCCUCGAGAACCAAGGACUGUCAUCUGUUGGGCCAGCUUCAAAAUUGAUUUUGAAGUUCUUCUUUGCUGUGUGGGCUGCCAUUAUUGGAACAUUGUUCACUUUCCCUGGUCUUAGAGUGGCCAGGAUGCAUUGGGACUCACUAAGGUACUAUGGGGACAAUAAAGUGAAAUCAUUGCUUCUGAACUUAAACUUCGCAAUGCCAUUCGUCCUGGUGUUGUUGUGGGUCCGGCCCAUCACCAGACACUACCUCACUGUGAGAGUUUUCAGCGGAAUGGACAAACCACUCAUGACAUCUCAAGCUUACGACACGCUACGCAUAAUACUGGUGGCAGCGACAAUACUAGUCCGGCUAGCUCUUAUGCCGAGACAGCUCCAGUCGUACCUUGACAUGGCACAGCGGAGACUAGACGUGCAGAAAAAGGAAGCUGGUAGAAUUACAAACAUCGACUUACAGAAGAAGAUCGCUUCCGUAUUCUACUACCUGUGUGUAGUUGCUCUCCAGUAUGUGUGUCCCAUUAUAAUGUGCCUGUACUUCACCUUGAUGUACAAGACCUUGGGUGGGUACACUUGGACAGGGCUGUUUUACGAGACGCCGGAGAUGUGUUCAGCACAGGACCAGCCCACGGCCACGAGUCCUGUUGUCGAAGGUGAUGGGAUUGAACAGUUUCAACUGGCAUGGGAGAAUUUGAAAAUGGUAUUCACAGUUGACGUGUACAAAGGCGUGUUUGGCUUCGCGACCUGGUGGUGUACCUUCGCCUGGUUCCUCACCACAUCGUUGGGGCUCGCGUACCAGACUUACUUCAGAAUCUCAUGA